GCAAAACUAAUAACGGUUGCACAAUCUCAUAUUCCUCCAGCUGUCUCUCGAGAAUCUUCUCUUCUCACAUUAACGCUUUUAUAUAUACAUAUCGGCAGCUCAAUUUUACCUCCUCCUCUUCAUUUUUCUCUCUUCGCCUGCGAUUUGUCAAUCUAAUUUCGUCCCUUUUUUCUCGAGUGUGUUGUGCAUGGCAGUGAGUUUAUUAUCGAAUGAAGUAUCAGACUUGUGCAUUGGAAAGCCUUCGUUGAGGGCAAUCUCGGUCGUUUCCGCCACCGUUGCGGACGCUCUGACGGCGCUGAAAAGAUUCGGCGAGACUUAUAUUAGUGUUUGGAGCUGUGAUCAUUCACAACGUAGGAGGAAAGCCAUAGCGAGCGGUGAGGAUCCAUGUAAAUGUGUUGGGAAAGUUUGUAUGGUGGAUAUCAUUUGCUUCCUGUGUAAAGAAGAAAAUUUGUUGAACCCUGCCUCUGCUUUUCAGGCCCCUGUUUCGGUUCUGUUACCUAAGGCUUCUGGAAUCGUUAGGCAUUUAGAACCCACUGCGAGCUUGUUGGAUGCCAUAAAUUUGAUGCUUGAAGGUGCGCAGAACAUUGUUAUACCAUUGCCCAGAAGGAAGAAAAUUGCGCAGAAAGCGUCCUUAAAGUCCACCCUUCAUAACGAUCGUGAGUAUUGCUGGCUCACUCAAGAAGACAUAAUUCGUUACUUUCUCAAUUCAAUCGGAAUCAUUGGCUCCACUUCAAACCGCCCCGUCAAUUCUCUAAACAUUAUUGAUGAUUCCAACAUUCUUGCAAUUCAUUAUGAUCAACCUGCUGCUCAGGCCUUACCCUUGAUUGCUCAAUCCCACAUCACACAAACCUCUGUUGCCGUUGUUGAUGAUGGUGGCAAUUUGAUUGGAGAUAUCUCACCUUUUGCACUGAAUUGCUGUGAUGAGACAGUUGCUGCCGCGAUAGCAACCCUGUCGGUUGAUGAUCUGAUGGCUUAUGUGGACUGCAGUACACCUCCGAAGGACCUAGUAGCGGUGGUGAAGAAAAGGCUGGAAGAUAAGAACAUGGGGGCUUUUGUGGAGUUGAUGGAGGAUGAUUGGGGAAUUUCGUCUUCAUGUUCAUCGGACGACGAGGGUAGUCCAAGUUCAGGAAGAAGUGGGAGGUCUGGAGGGUACUAUGCAAGAGUUGUGAGCAGGUCAGAGGCAAUUGUUUGUUACCCUUGGAGCUCAUUGAUGGCUGUGAUUAUUCAGGCACUUGCUCGCCGAGUGAAUUAUGUGUGGGUUGUUGAUGAAGAUGGCACCCUGGCUGGAAUUGUUACAUUUGCCGGAAUACUGAAAGUUUUUCGCCAACAUUUGAGGAGCAAGACAGAACCUGAGAAUCCAGGCUUCAACACGAUGGCUUCACCUCAAGGCAAUAAUGUUUUCUAAAUAGUAGAUUAUGAGACUUCAGGCAUAUGGAAAACCUUGAAAUAAAAACUGAACCUGCAAAGAGUAUGGAUAAUUAUAUGUUGGAGAAAACCUUAAAAAAAUAUAUAAAAUUUUGCUGCUCCAUUUUGAGCGAUUAAAGCUUGGAAAUGGUGCUCUGUUUUGUUUUC